AUCCUCCCAUCCAGGGCCGCAAGGGUUAAAAGAGGCAGCGAGUGAAGAAAGCGAGAAAGAGAAGAGACGCACACACACACACACAGACAUUCACACUCACACUACGCUAUGGCCAGCCCCUGUUUUAUUUUUUGCGUGUGUAUGUAAACGCGGGAGACGUGUAGGCGGGGAAGAUGACCCAUCGGGGGUAAACAGGAGAGGAGGUAAACAAACAAUAAACAGCCCUCUCCCCACCGGGGUCCCCCUUUUUUUUUUUGCCUUUCCCAAAGGCCGGGAAAUCCCCCCAAAAACCCUCCUAGAAAUGGGGUCGAAGCAGGCACAUAGCUGGAGAUGGGCUGGAUGCUGAAAAGAGAAGACCCCAGCCCAUGCCCGCCUCCCCCAGAGCAGAUCUGGCUCGUCUGCACAGAGGAAAAAGCCUCGAUUCGGAUCAUCCUCCAAGAAGGAAGCAGCAUUGUUGUCUCCGGGGGGAGAAAAUGUUCAGUUCAUGGAGGAUUUACAAGCCUGCUGCUAGAAACAUGGAAGCACAGGAUACUAGCUCCAUACUGGUAACCAAGUGAGGCCUUCCAUCUGGGACUCCCCGAUGGCCCUUGGACUCAAGUAAUUGCGCUUGGAAGCAGGACCCCGACCCGCCUUUCCCAGACAUGGAGGUGAAAGGGCAGCUGAUCAGCUCAUCCAGCUAUAGUUCUUCAGAGGCCUUGCAGCGGGAUUUCUGCCCCCGAAUUCGGUUAGAGCGGGUGCAAGAACUCCUGGAGAAACAGCGGGCCCUUCAGCAGGUGCUCAGCCUGCGUCUGAAGGAGUUGCGUCGGGUUUGCCUCCAGGAAGCUGAACUGACGGGAAAGUUGCCUCCGGAGUAUCCACUAGAACCAGGUGAAAGGCUCCAGCCUGUGCGGAGGAGGCCAGGGCUCGCCUACCGAGUCCCCAAUGCCCUGAAGAAUGAAGAAGCACCUUCGCUGGAGGAGCUGACCCGAGAGCUGGCUCUGCAGCAACAAGUGGCUGAAGCAGCCCGACGCCUCGCUGUUGCCCCUGAGUUAACGGCUGACCAGCGUCGCCGCCGGAGGCAGGUCCAGGCGGAUGCUGCCCAGCGGCUUCGGGAGCUCGAGGCUCAGGUGGCAGAGUGCCGGAUGCGGCUAGGCAAAGGGCCACUUCAGAGGAUCAGCCACGAAGAGGCUUUUCAUUCCGAGAGCAGCUCCCUCUCAGAAUCAGCCAGCCAUGAAAAUGGGGUUUGUGGAUGCUUCUAUCCUGUCCAUUGUGCUCUGUCCUCAGAUGACCCCCACAGCUUCCAUCCCGCCAAGGUCUCCAAUCACCAGGGGCCUUUCUCUGACCGCCCUUCACCCCCCAAGGCCCGAGAUCACCUCCGUGCCAUCUCCAGCAGCCCCGACCGGCGACCGGGAUGGCGGCUUUUUCAGCCAGAUCUGUACAGUGAGGCUAAAGACCGUCGGAACUCUGUUGCCAGCCCUACAAGCCCAAGCCGUACCCUUCCACGGAGCGUGUCCAGCUUUGAGGGCAGGAGCGUUCCAGCCACUCCUGUGCUAGCAAGAAACGCUUGCAGUGGAAGCCACCAGUUCAGGUCCGAAGCUCCCGCUCUCCAUCCUCGCCAGUGGUCCGGCAGCCACGAUUCCCAACUCGGCCCCCCCAGCCGUGAUACCAGCGGUGACCGAGCCUCUCUCUUUGCUGCCCGGACGCGUCGUAGCAAUAGCUCGGAGGCCUUGAUUGAACGGGCCCCUUCGGAGGACCCUCUGUUGCCUGCAGGGCCCCCUUUUAAAAGUGCUGAGGCCCUGACGCCUUCUAUCUCGGGCCGGAACCCUCGCCCCCCAUACAAUGACCUCCUUGUGGAUUACUACGUUGAGCGCAGAUGCUGGGGGGCCAGCAGUACGGGUGGCGGUGAGCAUCUCUCCCGCAGGGAUGGGCUUCCCCAGACAGAGUGGGAGGCCUAUCCCAACAGCCCAAUCCAGCGCCGAGCCCGGCCGGCUGCUCGCACCAAGUCCUGCGGCCCACUCUUGCCCCCCCAAUCUCGAGAAGUUGGUUAUGCGCCCCCGGCGUUGCCCCCUCAACGUAACUUCCACAAAGCCCUGGCUCUGGAGGGGCUCAGGGAUUGGUAUUUGCGUAAUGCUGGCAUCGGUCAGCGAGGGGCACCAGAGAGGCGGGGGGCUCCUCAGUCUGCACACCAACAACUGCGUAGCUACUACGAGCCGUCGCCUUCCAACCCCGAGAUGGGCUACUACAGUGGGCCAGGAGGGCUACCCCACUCUGUGAGCUAUGCUGGGCAGCCACUCUAUGGCAGACCUUUUGGGGAGCUGCUUUACAUGGAUGACUCUGCUGGCCCCUACAGCUUGGACUCCACAGAGCACCCCGCCCCGGGGACUUUGGUCUGACCCUCGCUUUUCCCCCAAGGGGAAAUGGAGUUUUAUUUCCUUUUUUAAUUUUUUUCCUCGCUGGUGCCUCUUUUUGUGUGCGUUAUACACCAUGUUCAGGGGGGUGGGUACUCCCUGCUGGCAGGGUGUUGUCUGUAUGUGAAUGCCUGCACAGAUGUGAGGGAAAUGGAGUUUGUGGGCAUCUUGUGGAAUGUCACACUCGACCACACAAUUGGGGGGCAGGAAUGCAUCCCCAGGUCUUCCUACACAUAUUUAAUGUUUUCCCAGUUGUGAUUUGUGGGACACGUGUUGACCGUACCCCAACAAAAGGGUUUGGCUCCUGUGGAUUGCGCCUUCUUGGUGACUGCUGGGGAGUGGUGCAAUUUUUCUCUCUCACCCUGGUGCUGUGGGUUUAAGGUGUGGCAUUUUAAACCCAAGCCUCUGGAAUGUAUCAUUGGAACGAUGUGUGUGUGUGUGUUGUGAAAUGUGAAAUAGCACAGACCUGUCAUCUUGCUAAUAGACAUCAGUCCUGUAAAAAACUUUAUUAAAAAAGUGGGAGAGAAUAUAUUCUACACAUCUCUUGUUACCACCAACAAUAAACAAUGAGUUUUCCCCUUAAAUGUUAUUGCCCCUUCCUACCGCUGAAAGAAGAAUGACUGUGUUAUAAGGAAAAUAAGCUCUUGGGAAUUAUUCAGGUUUUAGGGAAGUCCUUUGGCUCCAUUCUGCUAGCAAUUUUUAUAUGCCCUGGCCUUUUUGUCACAAUUACAUAGCGUUGGGCGCAAAGUUAUUGGCUUUGAUGCUUUUCAGUAGGGAACUCCCAGCUUAAGCAUCUGUCCUUUGACAAUAGCUGCAGGGAAUCCAUGUUAUUUUUAACAGCAGUACUCAAGGUAUCUUUCAGGCGUCUUCAUGCACAGGUAUGAAAAACCCACUGGUACAAUCUCAGUGUAGCACAUCUAGAAAAUCCUUUUUUAGCAUCAUUUCCCUCCACACUUGAGUCUUGCCUUGUUUGUCUUUUUUUGAAAGCCCAAACCCCCCUGUCUUUCCUUUUAAAGUAACAAGAAAACAUUCCAAAAUCUGUAAGUUUUUCUUCCCCUCACAAUUGCCCAGCAAGGAUUAGUCCGCUUUGUUUAAAUUCUGGUUCUGCAAAUCAAGCCCAGUGCAUACUUGGAGGAGAGAAAGAUGGCCCAGACGUCUUCCCCCCCCCCCCCCCCGCCCGCCCGCCCUUUUCCUCUCCCCUGUGUAUGUGAAGGAACAAGAGACGUACCAGAGUCACUGUCUCGUGUGUCUUUUUAAUAUACAUUAACCUACAGAUUGUAUAUGGGUCUGAAUGUAAAAUGGAGCACUGUGCAUAUGACAUAAGGUUUCUAUAAUAAAGAUUGUAAAGAUGA